UGUGUUUGGAUAUUUUUUUUUUGUGCAGUAAUGCGGCGGCCCCGGAGAUGAAAUAGACAGAGGGGUGGACAAUUACAACAGCGGGGAGGAGAGGAGAGAGGAGAGAGGAGAAGAGGUGAAGAAGAGAAGAAGAUUUAGCCGAGAAGGGGAGAAGAAGUGUUGCAGUCGGGAUGAUAUCCGUGUCGUGGUGGAGAGGGUAAUGCCAGGAUUGUAGCAGGAGGGAGAUCAGAGUGGAAAAUUUCACGCAAGGUUGUACGAGCAACUCCACUGAGACGGGAUUUCAUUAAGCAGACGCAUCCCCCAGGCUCUCUGGCAAGGCUCAGCUUUAUAAAGCAACAAGGCAAGAGACUGCAAGCUGCAUGAUAUACUGCAUGGAACACUGCUCAACAUAGACCAGCUCCACGGGAAGUGUGUCGGCGAAGAGGAGCCAGCCCAGAGGACAACUGGGUUCCCAGUGCACUCGGGGAGCGCUUCACCGGCAGAAAUGCUGCCAAGGGAAGGAAGACUACCACAGCUUGGAUUGCUGUUCAUCUUGAUCCUCGGCCAACACGUCACCUCCAUCGAAGUCCCUCGCGACUCAAAUCUUCAGAAUCAGUUGGCGCAGCCUCCCACCAUCACCAAGCUGUCUCCAAAGGAUUACAUUGUCGAUCCACGGGACAACGUAGUCAUCGACUGUGCAGGGAAGGGGAACCCAACCCCCAUAUUCUCGUGGACUCGCAAUGGAAAGUUCUUCAACGUUGCCAAAGACUCCAGGGUGUCGAUGAGGUCGCGGUCGGGUACCCUGGUCAUGGACUUCCGAUACAGUGGGCGGGCUGAGGACUACGAGGGGGAGUACCAGUGCUCGGCCAGGAAUGACCAUGGCACAGCCCUCUCCCACAAAAUACACCUCCAAGUCUCCAAGGCGCCACUCUGGAGGAGAGGCAACGUGGAGCCGAUCGUGGUCCAGGAAGGAGUCUCUGUGACGUUGCCCUGCCAACCUCCCGCUGGCCUGCCCCCUCCUGUCAUCUUCUGGAUGAACAGCAACAUGGACUUGAUCCCUCAGGACACGCGGGUGUCUCAGGCGCUGAACGGCGAUCUCUACUUCUCCAACGUGAAGCGCAGCGACGCUCGCUUCGAUUACAUCUGCAACGCCCGGUUCCCCUUCACUCAAACCAUCCAGCAGAAAAACCCCAUCACCAUCAAAGUGCUGACCAAGGAUACCAAUUACGAAACAUUCCCAACUAUUCUGAAUGACACUGGCGCUCGUCCGGUCAUGGAACAGACCCCCAGGUUCAUGGUUCCGUUGGGGACGUCCAGCAGCAGAAUCAUUCUCCGAGAAGAAGAUCUAUUACUGGAGUGCAUUGCAUCAGGAGUGCCCACGCCGGAAAUUAUUUGGUACAAGAAAGGGGGCGAGCUGCCCUGGCCAAAGGUGCGGAUGGAAAACUUCAACAAGACGCUGAGGAUCAUGAAUGUGUCUGAGGAGAAUUCGGGCGAGUAUUUCUGCCUGGCGUCCAACAAAAUGGGGAGCAUCAGACACACCAUCACAGUGUGGGUUAAAGCUGCUCCGUACUGGUUGAACGAGCCCCAGAACCUAGUGCUGGCUCCCGGCGAAUACGGCAGACUGAUGUGCCGGGCCAAUGGCAAUCCCAAACCCAACAUCCAGUGGCUGGUUAAUGGCGAGCCGAUGGAAAAGGUUCGUCAGAACCUGAACCGGGAUGUUUCCGGGGAUACGAUUAUUUUCCGAGAGGCACAGAUCGGAACCAGUGCCGUAUAUCAGUGCAAUGCUUCCAAUGAGCAUGGAUACCUACUGGCCAAUGCCUUUGUCAGUGUGCUCGAUGUACAGCCCAGGAUCUUGACCAAGCGAAACCAAAUCAUCAAGGUGAUUGAAAAUAACCGCACGCAGCUCGAGUGUCGCUUCUUCGGCGCACCAAUCCCCGUACUGCGAUGGUUUAAGGAUGGACAGGGCAACAAUCUUUAUGGAGGGAACUACAUCAUCCACGACAACGGCACUCUGGAACUGCGCCGCGCCCGCAAGGCCGAUGAGGGAAUGUACACCUGCAUCGCGACCAACAUACUGGGCAAAGCGGAGAACAAGUUGCGACUGGAGGUCAAAGAACCUACAAGGAUAAUAAAGGCUCCAGAAUCGAUCACGGUGAGGAGGUCCCACGCGGCCAGAUUUGACUGUGCAGUGAGGCAUGACCCGACCAUGCGGAUGAAGGUAACCUGGCUGAAAGAUGACAAAGUUCUCUCCUUACCAUGGCGGGCGAAGGAAGAUGAGGUUUCUUUGACAAUCAUCAACGUGUCUGAACGAGAUGAAGGCGUCUACACCUGUAUCGCCCGUACGGAUCUCGACAGAGACUCGGCUAAAGCACGCCUCACGGUUCUAGUUGUUCCCUCCACCCACAUUACCCCGCUUGCUGCUGUACUUAAAGACCGCCCUGCGCCUCCUCGAGACCUGGAACUAACGGACCCAGAAGAUCGCAGCAUUAGGUUGACCUGGAUUCCUGGCGAUGACAACAACAGCCCAAUCACAGAGUUCAUUGUGCAGUACGAGGAAAACAGGUUCGAGCCCAGAAAGUGGCACAAUUUAACCAGGAUCCCGGGAAACAUCAACUCGGCAGUGUUGCAGCUCGCUCCGUACGUCAACUACCAGUUCCGGGUCAUCGCGGUGAACGAAGUGGGCGAAGGUGCCCCUAGUCUCCCCUCGGAACGGUAUCAGACGACCGGAGCAGCUCCUGAGACGAAUCCCACUGAUGUCCGAGGGGCGGGAAUAUCGGAAUCCAGCAUGCAGAUCAGCUGGACACCGCUGUCUGCUACCCAGGUCAGUGAUCUCAACGUCAGGUACAUCGUCAGCUGGAGGCAGCGGGACGUGGGCGGCGAAUGGUCAACGGUCACGGUGACCAGGUCCAAUUACGUCGUCUCUCCGACACCCCUCUUCACCCCCUACGAGAUCAAAGUGCAGGUGGUGAACGAUUUUGGCCUGGGUCCCGAGCCAGACGUCAUCAUCGGAUACUCAGGCGAAGAAUAUCCAAACGCGGCCCCGACGAGCUUGUCCGGGAGGUACGUCAACAGCACGGCCAUUUUGUUGCAGUGGAGGGCAGUACCACAAGAAAAUAUCCGGGGGUAUCUCAUCGGCUAUCGAAUUCAGUACUGGAACGAGGGUAGUCUGCUGAAGACCAGCCGGUACAAGUCACGCAUGAAGGUGAUGGACUCCCAGAACCGGCGGUCGCGCGCCGUGGUAUCGGAACUGCAACCGUACAGCGUCUACAAGUUCCAAGUGGCCGCCGUCAACGGCAGGGGUGCCGGCGGCUGGAGUGAGGUGUUUGCCAUGAACACCACGGAGGGAGUACCUGGGAAACCAGAUUCCCUCAGGAUUCGACAACCGGAUCUGGAAUCGAUUACGUUGCAAUGGACUCCGCCCCGGCAGCCUAAUGGGAUCAUCACGGGCUACACCAUACUCUACCACCGAUUAACUGGCUCCCGUGCAAGGCGCAAUUCCACAAUUCCCAGACUUCCGCCCGACGCGACCACCUACAAGUUGGAACGUGUCGACGCGAACACCAAGUACAGGUUCUACGUCUUUGCCCAAACCCGCCAGGGGUUCGGAGAGCCCAUCGUCUUGGACUCGCCCGACUUCCAAAACGAAGUCACCCCUACCGCUGAGAUUGCAAUUACAGAUGGAGUCGUCUCAAGAUACGUUCCCAUCCCAACCGUCCCUGACGAACCCAGCAUCAUAACAGACGCCACCACCACCACCACCACCAGUGCCGCGCCCCCGGUCACCACCAUCACCGAGUUCGCCCAGCCAGCCGUCACCGCCACUCGUGUAUAUGUGGAUGCUCCCGGUAGGAUAUCGAACCUAACCACAUCAGCGGGCAAUGACUCCAUCAAUAUCACCUGGACUCACACCUUCCCCAUCGACAUGGCUGAGUUUACGGUUGAAUUCAUACACAGUAACGGCACGGUGAAACGGGAGCAGGUGAAGGUCGGCCAGAACUCUGCCCGGAUCCUGGGCCUGACGCCCGGCACCGUGUACAAAGUCAGGGUGUUCUCCGCCCUCUUCCCGUCGGUCACCAGCAACGUAACCGUCACCGAGACCAGCCCAGCUUUCACCAACAGUCAUGCGGACAUCGCCACUCAGGGCUGGUUCAUCGGCCUGAUGUGUGCGGUGGCUCUGCUGGUACUCAUCCUCUUGAUCGUGUGCUUCAUCAAGAGGAGUAAAGGAGGCAAGUACCCAGUUAAGACGACGGAAGAGAACCGGCCUUCACAGGAUGACAAUGGAUACUUCGACAACGAGGACAGCAAGAAGCCGCAGGGCAGCCAGUCCUCGGUGGACGGGACGGUGAAGCAGGAGGAGAGCGACGACAGCAUCGUCAUCUACGGCGACGGCGACGAUAACUCGCGCUUCGGCGAGGACGGCUCGUUCAUCGGCCAGUACACCGUGAAAAAGGACAAAGAGGAGACGGAGGGCAAUGACAGCUCAGAGGCCACGUCCCCGGUCAACCCCGCCUACGCCCUGGCGCGCAUGUGAGAACGGAGACCGAGAGAGAGAGAGAGAGAGAGAGAGAGAGAGAGAGAGAGAGAGAGAUGAGGGCGGAGCAAAUGGACACCGUUGCUACCAAGGCAGUAAAUGCAUUUGAUUUAACUACCCACGGUUGCACACAUGGAACAAACACAAAAUUGGAAAGGCCAGACAGCGAAAGCGGCCAGAGACACGAGACACCACGUGAAAGACACGAGAGAAUGAAGGAGAUGCAUUUAUGGACAAGAUUGGGCUUUGGAAAAACGUAACCACAUUUAAUUGCUCAAUAAUCACACCCUCACGAGUAUGAUAUACCACUUUUUCCCCCACCCCUCCACUUUAGAUUGCAAGUAACACCAAUUUGGGGCGAUUUGUAACACUCUGUGUAGAUGUUGCCAGCUAGCACCUAGCCAAUCAAUGUCCAAUUGUAAGCUAUGGCCUUUUAUUCCAUACACCACCAGGCCACUGCUCCACAUCCUUUUAUAAGGAUUGUUAUCCUUAUGCUGUUUCUGACAGUGAACCUAUGCUGGGAUAUUGCAACUGAAGAUGACGCAAGGAGUCAAGUCUCUCUGUUCACUGAAUCCCCCACCUCCGGCCGCCAUCUCUUGUUAUAGAUUAGAUGCUUCUUCAAAAAAAAAAACAAAGGUUUCAGCCGAGAGAAAUUUGAGCCAAUUUGGAGCGAUUUUUAAUAAGAGCAGCUCAAGUUCCCAGGUCACCGGCUCGCAUAGAACUGCUUAAGUAUGGUACACCCCAAUAGAUUAUUCCUUACAGGCAUAAUUUAUCAGGUCGAGCUUUAGGGAGGACAAUUAAUGAAGGAAAUGUAUUUUUUAGUCCUUGCUAUUGUUGACGGGGCAUUGUUGAUCAGCCCAGAGCUACCUUCCCCACAAUCAGUAAAGCAGAACAUUUGUACCUUCUCCCCGUGACUGUGUGGGUUUUCUCCUCGGUCUGAAGAAGGAAACGUCACCCAUUCCUCCUCUCCAGAGAUGCUGCCCAUCCCGCUGAGUUACUCCAGCAAUUUUGUGUCUUUCUAUCCGGGCGCUCCGCUUUCCUCCCGCACUCCAAAGACGUACGGGUUUGUAGUUUAAUUGGCUUCGGUAAAAUUGUCCCCAGUGUGUGUAGGAUAGUGCCAGUGUAACGGGGAUCGCUGGGCGGCGUUGGACCCGGUGGGCCGAAGGGCCUGUUUCCGGGGCUGUAUCUCUGAACUAAACUAAACUUAAAACGAAAACAUUUGGGUCUCGCCCAAGAAUGGCAUUUGUUGAAUUUGUUUCCCUCAGCUGGUGAAAGCGAGGUUCAUCGAUCUUCCACAGAUAAUUUUGCAGCGUGCGCUUUGAGAUUAGCGUGACCCAUCAGAUGAGCAGACUUCCCCUUAAAGAGAUAUCAUUGAUUUUUGAACCACUUAACAGCAGGCUUUGUGUAAAACUUCAGACAUUCUUAGUCAUUGGCAAUUGUUUUCAAAAUAGCAAAAUCCCUGGCCCCUAACUAUAAUUUUCAACCACUAUGGGGACUCGUCUCCUUCCUUAAGCCAUUUUAGUUGUUGCCCUCAGACUGGCACGGUGGCGCAGCGGUAGAGUUGCUGCCCUACAGCGCCAGAGACCCAGGUUCGAUCCCGACUACGGGUGCUGUCCAUACGGAGUUUGUACAUGCUUCUUAUGUGGGUUUUCUCUGGGUGCUCCGGUUUCCUCCCACGCUCUAAAGAUUCAGGUUUGUAGGUUAAUUGGCUGGUAUAAUUGUAAAUUGUCUCUAGUGUGUGUGUGGGAUAGUGCAGGUGCACGUGGAUCAUUGGUCAGCACGGACUUGGUGGGCCGAAGGGCCUGGUUCCGUGCUGUAUUUCUAUACUAAACCAAACCCCACAUCCUCGUGUUAACAAUCCUUAAUACUUCCUCCACUCAGCUACAUUUUCGCAAGUUAAUAACACCUCUCCUCCUGCAGCAACUCAUGUCCUCCAUUGAUUUUUAUUUUGCCCAUCUUAGUUACGGCUGUUUUAGGAAGGAACUGCAGAUGCUGGUUUACACCGAAGAUAGGUACAAAAUGCUGGAGUAACUCAGCGGGACAGGCAGCAUCUCUGGAGGGAAGGAAUGGGCGACGUUUCGGGCCGAGGCCCUACUUCAGACCGAGAGUCAGGGGAGAGGGAGACACAGAGAUAAGGAAUGUAAGGUGUGAAAACGAGACAUCAAAGGGGACGAGGCUCAAGGAAAAUGCAGAAUAGAUCAUUGUUGGCCAGGGGAAGGUGACAGAGGAGGCACACAAAGAUACCAAUGUAAUCAAGGGGACAAUCGGACAACUAAGAUGGGGGAGGGAUGGAGAGAGAGGGAAUGCAAGGGUUACUUGAAGUUGGAGAAGCUGAUAUCCAUACCGCUGAGUCAACAAGAAGAGUUUAGGUGACUAUUUAAUGAAGGCACAUCUGACAUCCCCAAACUUAUGAAGCAAUAAAAAUAGCAAGACUCGUACUGUACCUUAAUCUUCAUACUGCGACCUUGCUCUGAACCUGGCUUAACACGGCACAUCUAUGGGAUUUAUUACUUGAUUGCCAAGAUGAAUCAAGCAUUUGGCAGUCAGGAUUAGAUUUCUUUAGCACAGAAGCGACAAUUUAUGGAGUCGUGGAGGGUUUUUAUACUGAACUUUACAGCUGAUGUUAGCAUCAGCUAAAAUUAGAAACUUCCUACCAAGUUCCCAAUGCUGAGGUGUCAUUUUCACAGACGCGAAUUCCAGUUCCAAUCUGUUCACCUUAGUUCAUGUCUGAAGAAGGGUCUCGACUUGAAACAUCACCUGUGCCUUCUCCCCAGAGAUGUUGCCUGACCCGUUGAGUUACUCCAGCAUUUUGUGUCUAUGUUCAUGUGAGCAACUCCCUGUCCGCGACACUCACAGAUACAAACUCCCAGGACCCGCCUGUUGAAGUCGGACCCUCUGGUUCUGCCCCGUUUUGCUUCAUUAUUUGAGAAAAAUAAUUAAAACAUUAUUCAUUUCAGGACGGUCACGGUGGCGCAGCGGUAGAGUUGCUGCCUUACAGCGAACGCAGCGCCGGAGACCCGGGUUCGAUCCCGACUACGGGCGCUGUCUGUACGGAGUCUGAACUUUCUCCCCGUGACCUGAGUGGGUUUUGACCGAGAUAGAAACAUAGAAAAUAGGUGCAGGAGUAGAGGCCAUUCGAACCUUCGAGCCUGCACCGCCAUUCAAUUUGAUCAUGGCUGAUCAUCCAACUCAGCAUCCUGUACCUGCCUUCUCUCCAUACCCCCUGAUCCCUUUAGCCACAUUUGGUUUCCUCCCAGACUCCAAAGACGUACAGGUUUGUAGGUUAAUUGGCUUGAUGUAAAUGUUAAUAUUGUCCCGAGUGGGUGUUGGAUAGUGUAAGUGUGCGGGGAUCGCUGGUCGGCGUGGACACGGUGGGCCGAAGGGCCUGUUUCCACGCUGUAUCCCUAAACUAAACGAAAUUAAAGCUCUACGCCUUCUUUGGUUGCGGCUGGAGUAGCUGGAGUAGGAUGGCCAAGGGAAAGAUGACGGGGUUGGACAGAGAACCAAAGAGUUUGAGCCAUUGGAUCGUGCAAGGCCUGGAUAGAGUGGAUGUGGAGAGGAUAUUACCACUAGUGGAGCGUCUAGGACCACAAUAAGUAGACGUACCUUUAGAAAGGAGAUGAGGAGGAAUUCCUUUAGUCAAAGGGUAGUGAAUCAGUGGAAAUCGCUGCCACAGACGGCUAUGGAGGCCACGUCUUUGGGUAUUUUUAAUAUUUGGUGACCAAAAUGUCAGGCCCUAUUUUUGCUGCUCUGAUUUUUUUCAUGCAUAUUUUGGAAGGAGGACAAAGCUUUUUGAUAAGAAAUUCAUCCUCUCCUCCUGAGUCGUGUACUCAUAGAUAAAUAGACCCUUCAGCCCAAGUCUUCUCUGCUGACCAAGAUACCACAUCUAUGCUAGUCCCAUUUGCUUGCAUUUGGGCCAUAUGCAUCUACACCUAUCCUAACCAUGUACCUGUCCAAGUGUCUUUCCAAUGUUGUUGUUGCAUCUAACUCCUCUGGCAGCUCAUUCCCUCUGAGUGAAGAGGUUGCCCCCCUCACGUUCCUAUUAAACCUUGGCCCUCUCACCUGAAACCUAUGACUACUGGUUCUAGAUUACCCCAAACCUGGGUAAGACUCUGUGCAUUCACUCUAUCCAUUCCCCAGUCCAAAGAAAGGUUCCUGACCUGAUAAGUCGCCUAUCCAUAUUCAUCAGCGAUACUACCUGACCUGCUGAGUUACUCCAGCAUUUUGUGUCUUUCAUUGGGAAACCAGCAUCUGCAGUUCCUUGUUUCUAGCUGUUCUCCAGAGAUGCUGCCUGACCCACUUAGUUGCUCCAGCACUUUUUGCCCCUUUUAUGUACACCAGCGUCCGUGUUUCUACCAGGUAUAUCUCAGAUGUUCACUCACCAAGUCAACGGUGGUGUAGCGGUAGAGAUGCUGCCUUACAGCACUUACAGCGCCAGAGACCCGGGUUCGAUCCUGACUACAGGUGCUGUCUGUACGGAGUUUGUACCUUCUCUCCGUGACCACGUGGGUUUCCUUCCACAAUCCAAAGACGUACAGGUCUGUGGGUUAACUGGCCUGGUAUAAAUGUAAAAUUGAUGCUAGUGCGUGUAGGAUAGUGUUAAUGUGUGGGGAUCGCUGGUCGGUGCGGACUCAGUGGGCCGAAGGGCCUGUUUCCGCGCUGUUUCUCUAAACUAAACUAGGUUUUUGCGGUGGACUUUCACACUGUUCAAUGCGUGGAGAUAAGGGAGGUGGGCAGAUAGAAAAUGGAUCAUGAUAGUCAGUAGGUAAGCAAGCUGAGAUGAGGAACUUACUCUGCGUGAAGUGAUGCCUAACAAUCUUUGUUCCUACUCCAUAUGUUUCAUUUGAUACAUAUUUCUGUAAAUAAGUGUAAAUAAUCACAUUUCCAUUUGGUGCCAAAUUUUGUGUUGAGGAAUCUCAGGAUGUUGUUCCAAAAGACAUCAUGUCAGUGCAAACCAUUGUUGCUUUGUAAAGCCUAACCAUUUAAGUUAAAAAUGAAAUAAAAAUGUCCAUGGCGUUAACAGAUUUCAGGGAGUGCGCCCGUCAGUCUGAAGAAGGGCGGUCACGGUGGCACAGCGGUAGAGUUGCUGCCUUUCAGCGCUUGCGGCGCCAGAGACCCGGGUUCGAGCCUGACUACGGGCGCUGUCUGUGCGGAGUUUGUACGUUCUCCCCGUGACCUGCGUGGGUUUUCUCCGUGAACUUCGGUUUCCUCCCACACUCAAAACACCUGCAGUUUUGGUAUGAAUGUAAAUUGUCUCUAGUGUGUGUAGGAUAGUGUUGGUGUGCGGGGAUCGCUGGUCGGUCCGGACUCGGUGGGCCGAAGGGCCUGUUCCCUCGCAUUAUCUCUCAACUAAACUAGACUAAACUAAAGAGUCCAGACCAGAAACAUUGUUGAUCCACAGAUACUGCCUGACCUGCCUAGUUCCUCGAGCCUUUCUUUAGGAGUCUUGUUUGGUGAAUGAAUCAGCAUUUGGGGUAUUGUGAGCAGUUUUAGGCCCCAUAUCUGAGGAGGGAUAUGCUGGAGUAAGAGAGGGCCCAGAGGAGGUUCACAAGAAUGAUCCCGAAAAUGGUUGGGAUAACAUGUUGAGAGUUUGACGGCACUGGGCCUGUACUUGCUGGAGCUUAGAAGGAUGAGGAGGGGACCUCGUUAAAAGUGAACAGUGAAAGGCCUGGACAGAGUGGAAGUGGACAGGAUGUUUCUACCAGUGGGAGAAUCUAGGACCAGGGGGCAUAGCCCCAUAAUUAAAGGACAUGAGGUCCUUUAGCAAGGAGAUGAGGAGGAAUUUCUUUAGUGAGAGGGUGGUGAAUCUGUGGAAUUCAUUGCCACAGAAGCCCAAAUCAAUGGAUAUUUUUAAGGCGGAGAUUGAUGGACAGGUGGAGACAGGUGUCAGGGGUUAUGGGGAGAAGGAUGGGGUUGAGAGGGAAAGUGAGAACAGCCAUGAUUGAAUGGCAGAGUAGACUUGAUGGGCCGAAUGACCUAUUUCUGCUCCUAUCACUUACGAACGUAUGAAUUGUGUUCGCCCAGAGCUCUAAACCACAAUGGUAGAACGUUGCCACAGGGGAGGGAUUUGAAGAAUGGUAAAUGGGGCCAUUCCCAUUGCAUUAGAGGGUCCCUAUAGACCAUUGCUGACAUGAGUGAGAUGCUAGUAACCUGGAGACUAUCUCAGGAACAGUUUAACUUAACAACAGAAAAUCUGCAUGAGGUGAUGGUCCAAACCUGAAACGUCACCUCCUAUCCAUGUCCUCACGGAGCUGCUGCCCGAUCCUCUGAGUUACUCCAGCACUUUGUGUCUUUAAGCAAGAGUAAGCGCGUCCAUGCUGCGAAAAUGAAAUGCGAACCUUGAUCCUUUCGGUGACUGUGGUGAGAACCGUCCUACUUCAGUCACCGCCAACCUGCGAGAAUCCCAGGGGCUGAAGUAACUCAGCGGGUCAGACAGCAUCAGUGGAGAAAAGGAAUAGGCGAUGUUUUCCCCAUUACUGUGGCCUGUCCCGCUGAGUUACUCCCCCUCUUUGUGUCUAUCUUCGGUUUAAACCACCAUCUGCAGUUCCUUCCUACACGUAGUCCAAAGGAUGAUGGCUUUGUCCUGAGCAGGUGAACGGAGGUUCGUUAAAAUGUAGUCAUAAAUACAGGUACUCAUUCACCCUCAUCCCUACAAGCGGUUUCCAUUCAUUCUAUGGAGACAAAGAUCUAGGCAUACACAAACCUGGAAAUGGGAAUCUGGGUAGUAAAGGCCAAAUGGGAGUUAGUGUUCUGCUGUCAUUCAGUUUCAGAUACUCAUUAUGUUAAAGGUCUGCACAGUGGUGGAGUUGCAACUUCACUGCGCCAGAGACCCAGAUUUGGUCCUGACCAUGGUCGUGGUACAGGUUCUCACUGUGUGGAGUUUGCGUGUUCUCCCCGUGACCGCGUGGGGUUUCCUCCCACCCUCCAAAGACAUGCGGUUUUGUAGGUUAAUUGGCUUCUGUAAAUUGUCCCUAGUGUGUAGGGUGGAACUAGUGUGCUGUUGAUCGCUGGUUGGCAUGGACUUGGUGGGCCGAAGGGCCUGUUUCCACGCUGUGUCUCUAAACUAAAGGUCAUGAUUAACACUGUCAGUUUGAUGAGAAAGUUGGGAAAAUCUGGUUACGCGGUGAGACGUAAAAGAUUCAAUUCCAUUCAAUCAAUUCAGUAUUAUUUGUCAUAUGUAGGUUAACACAGGGUCAACGUUACAAUGAGAUGUGUUUAACAAGACAAUGGGUCAUCUCAGCAAUAAUAUUACAAGGAUAAUAUAAAA